AUGUGGGGCCUGCUGUUCUGUGGGGGCUGGCUGGGCGCCCCUGGCUAUGCCACGGGCGGCUGCUGGCACCAGUGCUGCGCGGGCAGGAACAACAGCUGCUGGGCCCCAGGCGCCCACCAGGCUCGCUGCUACUGCGACUCAUACUGCGAGAGGACGGGCGACUGCUGCGAGGACUACCACGCCGCAUGCCGCCGCGCCGCAGUGGGCUGCGCAGUGGGGCCCUGGGGACCAUGGAGCAGGUGCAGCUCCCCGUGCGGGGUUGGCAGCAAGGCCCGCAGCCGCCAGGUCACCACCCCACCCCGGCACGGAGGGGAGCCCUGUCCCGACCUCAAGCAGCGCCGUGGCUGCCUAGGGGAGCACCCGACCUGCGGGACAGCCAAAGAGGUGGCCAAGAUAUUACCUGACUCCUUCAACCGGGACUUCAGGGAUCCCUGGCGAAGAGCUGGACUGCUGCUGCCGGAGGAGCCAUCUGGGACAUUUUGGGUGGCUGCCUCCGUGGCAGGGGGCCAGGGCUCAUGGGUGCAGGAGGAGCUGCAGGAGGGUUGUGUCUGCCCCCCACCGGCUCUCAUCUUUGUGUAG